CCCCCCUCGGCUCUGAUGGCCACCCUUGGAAAUGGCCGUCUCUCUCGGGCGCUCUUGUCGAUCGAUGAACUCCCCGAGGGAGCUGUGAAGCCUCCAGCGAAUAAGUACCCCAUCUUCUUUUUCGGGACUCAUGAAACCGCAUUUUUGGGGCCGAAAGAUCUCUUCCCGUACAAAGAAUAUAAAGACAAGUUUGGGAAAUCGAACAAACGAAAAGGAUUUAAUGAAGGCUUGUGGGAAAUCGAAAACAACCCCGGUGUCAAGUUUACUGGAUACCAGGCAAUUCAGCAACAGAGCUCGUCAGAAACUGAGGGAGAAGGAGGGAACACGGCAGAUGCCAGCAGCGAGGAGGAAGGCGAGCGGGUAGAAGAGGAUGGAAAGGGGAAAAGGAAGAACGAAAAAGCGGGCUCAAAGCGGAAAAAAUCCUACACUUCAAAGAAAUCUUCCAAGCAGUCACGGAAAUCUCCCGGAGAUGAAGAUGACAAAGACUGCAAAGAGGAAGAAAACAAGAGCAGUUCUGAUGCUGGGGAGGCCGGCAAUGACACGAGGAACACUUCUUCAGAUUUGCAGAAAACUAGUGAAGGGACUUAACCAACA